GUUGAGUGUUAUUAUAAAUACUCGUUGUUUUAUAAAUUCAUGACACAAGCUUGUCAAUAGUUCAAUAAAAUGAUUAAAUUUGGAGUAUUGGCAUUGCUUAUUGCAUUGGCAUCAGGCCACAAAGAGAAUUACAGAAAUUACAAGGUCUUUAGAAUAUCACCAACAACAUUUGAGCAAAAUGCUUUGUUGCAUAAAUUAUCAGAGUUAUCUGAUGGCUAUUCAUUUUGGAAUGGUCCAACAAUUGUCAAUACAACAUCUGAUUUAAUGGUAUCACCUGAAAAAAUAAAUGAAUUUGAAAAUUUAAUGAAAAUAAGUCAAACAAAUUAUUCAGUACAUAUUGAUGAUGUUGAAGAAUUAAUUGAAAAUGAAAAUCCAUCAGUUAAAUCAAAAAGUAAAUUAACAAGUGAUGGUUUUGAUUGGAAAAGUUAUCAUACAUUGGAAGAAAUAUAUGCAUGGUUAUAUUUAUUAGCUGAUAAAUAUCCAAAUAAUGUACAAGUUAUUGUUGCUGGUAAAACAUAUGAGGGACGUAAUAUAACUGGUAUUAAAAUAUCAUUUAAAAAUGGUAAUCCAGGUAUUUUUAUUGAAUCAAAUAUACAUGCACGUGAAUGGAUAACAUCAGCAACAUCAACAUAUUUAAUAAAUGAAUUAUUAACAAGUCAAAAUUCUGAUAUACGUGAACUUGCUGAAAAAAAUGAUUGGUAUAUUUUUCCAGUAUUUAAUCCAGAUGGUUUUGUUUAUACUCAUACCAAGCAACGUUUGUGGCGUAAAACAAGAAAACCAUAUGGUCUUUUUUGUCGUGGUUCUGAUCCAAAUCGUAACUGGGGCUACAAGUGGAUGGAGGGAGGUGCUAGUAGUAUGCCAUGUUCUGAAACAUAUGCUGGAACUGGUCCAUUUUCAGAUAUCGAAACUUUGUCAAUGUCAAAAUAUAUCAAAUCAAUAUCUGAUAAAUUUUAUGCAUAUGUUUCAUUUCACAGUUAUUCACAACUUUUGUUAUUUCCUUAUGGACAUACUGAAGAUCAUCUUGACAAUUACGAUCAAUUGUUGGCUAUUGGCAAAAAAACAAUUAGUGCUCUUUCAACAAGAUAUGGUACUUCAUACGUCACUGGAAAUAUUGCUGAAACAAUUUAUGUAGCAAGUGGAGGCUCUAUGGACUGGGUUAAAGCAGAAUUUAAAACACCAAUUACUUAUACAUAUGAACUUCGUGAUAAAGGGAGAUAUGGAUUUAUUUUACCUGCAAAUCAAAUUAUUCCCACUGGAGAAGAAACAGUAGACAGCCUUGUUGCUAUGUUCAAAGAGGCAAAAGCAUAUGGAAUCCCUGAACGACAAUAAUUCUUUUUUUUUUUAUUAUUAUUAAUUAAAUUUUUAAUUAAAUAUAUAUCCAUUGUAAUUAUUUUUUGUUUUUAUAAUAAAAAGAAUAAAUUAUUGCACUGAUA